CCUGGCAGAAAAGUUGCGAAUUUCGUAAAUUUUGGACUCUAGCUCCCCACAGCACUUUCCUCUUCUACGUUUCCGCACGACUCGAGCACGCAGCGAGAAUGUCCAAGUCAGAUAUCAAAGAGGACAAAAAGAAGCGGAAGAGGCAAGCCGAGGAGACUGAGGACGUGAUCAAGAAGGUCAAAAAGACCAAGAAAUCGAAGGACGCCCCUGCGGAAGCACCAGUAGCCGCCGAGAAGGAGAAGAAGAAGACGGAUAAGAAGUCGAAGAAGAGCAAGGACGUCGAGCAAGAUUCUGUAACACAGGAUACUGCUAGUAGCGACAAGAAGAAGGAGAAGAAGUCUAAGAGGUCCAAAGAAACCGCAACAGCUGUCGCACCCGAAGCCCCAGCGGCCAGUGGCACUGCCAAAGACACUUCCCUCGAGCAAGACUUCAUUCGCUUCGAUGACGAGCCAAUGCCCGAUGCUUCGGCCGAAAAGACCGACGACGCGAUCUCGGAGUCGGACAAAAAGAAGUCAAAGAAGGAUAAAAAGUCGAAAAAGGCGGAGAAUGAGCUCAUGGCUGAGCCUUCCUUGAGCAAUGGAGUGGCAGUGCCUCCAGAAGAGCAGAGCGCGAGCUCAGAGAAGGAUAAGAAGAAGUCGAAGAAGGACAAGAAGGACAAGAAAUCGAAGAAGUCUAAGGGCGAGGCCGAGGCUAUGCACGAAGAGCAGAACGGUGCUGGCGAGGCAGUCAACGUCGAUGGCAACACAGAGGAAAAGACACCAGAGGAAGGAACUGCUGUGCAGGAUCCCGACGUCAUAACCUCGAAAUCGAAAAAGGACAAGAAGUCGAAGAAGGAUAAGAAGGCUUCAAAGGCUGCCAAAGCACAAGCGGAGGAAGAAUCCACGACUGAGACGAAUGGUACAGCCGCUCCCGAAGAUCAGGUCGCCGAGGACAAUGCCCAAGAAAAUAGCGAGGGUCAAGAGGAUGCUUCCGCUAAUAAGAAGGAUCGCUUUAUCGUAUUCGUCGGCAAUCUUCCCUACAGCGCAACAAAAGAACAAAUCGAAAAGCACUUCGAGAAACUAAAACCCUUUCAACUCCGCCUUCGCACAUACAAAGACGGCAAGUCCAUGGGCACCGCCUUUAUUGAAUUCGAUCGCUACGACCACAUGCAGACGGCCCUGACCAAGUACCAUCACUCUGUCUUCUCUGACGGGAAGAAAAAGGAAGGCAGGAAGAUCAAUGUAGAGCUAAGUGCUGGCGGCGGCGGAAAUACCCCCGCCCGAAUGGAGAAGAUCAAAAGCAAGAACGAGAAGCUUUCCAACGAGCGUCAGCGUGCGCGGGAAAAGCGCGAGGAAGUCGAAGCGAAGCAGAAGGAGCGCAAGGAGAAGAAGGAGACCAAGCAGAAGAAGGGCGUCAAGGAGGGAGAGGAUACUGAAGUCGGAGACGCAGACGCAGAGCAAGCUACAGGCUCAGAUGAGCAUAGUGGAAUGCAUCCUGCCCGGCUUGCCAUGAUGCAGAAAGGCGGUCUGAAAUGGAAAGGACAUACCAGACAGCGGUAUUGAUGUUGGGAUCUCUCGGGCCUAACCGUGUGAUCUGAGCAUAAGCCAUUUGUUCUAUUUGGUUGCGAGAUUUGGCUAGAUAUCUCGUAGGAUGUUCUCACGCAUGAUACGAAUCCAC